GCAUCUUGUGUAUCCUGGUAAAAAUAUCAGGCCAUCCCGAUCUCUCUAGCGAAUCCAGUGGACCAGUGCUCAAUCAUUUAAACACCAGCAAGAGUCCUACUCCUUGGGCUUUUUGCUCCUUCAAAAUCAAAUCUAAGACCCCUUGUGCUAAUACUACCCUCCCCCACCUUCACCAUGGCACAGACAAAUGGCACCGCGGACGAUAUUGUCCACUGUGACGCCUUGAUUAUUGGAGCAGGCUUUAGCGGGAUGUCGAUGCUAUAUCGGCUGCGUAAAUUAGGACUCAAAGCAAAAAUCUUCGAAUCCGGAAACGAUUUCGGUGGUGUUUGGUAUUGGAAUCGCUAUCCCGGGGCGCGUGUAGACUCUGAGUGGCCAUACUAUCAGCUUAAUAUCCCCGAAGUAUAUCGCAACUGGGAAUUCACGGAGAAAUUUCCAGGGCACAAGGAAAUUCGGGCUUACUGCGCACACGCCGACAAGGUUCUGGGUCUACGGAAAGAUGUGUAUUUCAAUGCGCAUGUCGUCGAUGCCCAGUGGAGCGAGAGCGAUCAGAAAUGGACGGUUAAGACUGAUCAGGGACACACUUCGGUCAGUAAAUACUUGAUCCUAUGCACUGGAUUGCUACAUCGCAGACACGUCCCCGAUUUCCCAGGCUUAGCCAACUUCAAAGGGGUGAUUCACCACACUGGCUUCUGGCCCGAAGACAUGAGUUGCAAGGGGAAAAAAGUGGCUUUGAUCGGCGCCGGAGCCACCGCGGUUCAAGUUGUUCAAGAAGUCGCUAAAGAGGCCGAUCAACUUACCGUGUUCAUCCGGCGACCGAGUCUAUGUCUGCCCAUGGGCCAACGAAAACUCAGCGCAGACGAACAAAAAGGCUGGAAAGGGUAUUUUGAUGCCCUUUUCCGAGAAGGCAGAAAAUCCAGGGCCGGGUUUCCUGGCAAAGGUCCUGAUAAUGGCGUCUUUGACGUGUCCGACGAAGAACGGGAAGAAUACUUUGAGGAACUCUGGGCACGGGGGGGUUUCAAUUUCAUGAUAUUCAACUACAACAACGUCGUACUGGACAAGGAAGCGAAUCAAAAAGUGUAUGAGUUCUGGGCCAAAAAGAUACGGCCGAGGAUGAAGAAUCCAAAGAAACGAGAGUUGAUGGCCCCGAUGAAAGCGCCGUAUUAUUUCGCCACGAAAAGAAAUCCGCUUGAACAGGAUUACUAUGAACGUCUUGAUCAGGACAAUGUCGAGAUCAUCAACAUCAUCGACAAUCCGAUGAAAACGUUUAACGAAACGGGCAUAUUGAUGGAGGACGGCACCCAGCUCGAUUUCGAUGUGGUUAUUCUCGCUACCGGGUUUGAUUCAUUCUCUGGAUCGGUGACAAAGAUGGGCCUCAAGAACAAAGACGGCGUCGACAUCAAGGACAUCUGGAAGGACGGGAUCCGGACGUACCUAGGCAUGACCUUUAACGGCUUCCCCAAUACCUUCAUGGUAUACACAUCUCACGCUCCCACUGCUCUAUCCAACGGGCCCACAAUCAUCGAGGCACAGGCGGAUUUCGUCAUCUCGGCAAUUGAAAAGAUGGAGAAAGAAGGCGCAAAGACAAUAGAGCCGUCCAAGGAGGCCGAGGAGGAGUGGGAUGUGAUGAUUGACGCGAUGAACAAACCCACCUUGUUCCCGCUGACUGAUUCGUGGUGGAAUGCGACUAAUAUUCCGGGCAAGAAACCUCAGAUGUUGACUCAUGUUGGUGGGAUUGAAAUGUAUGAAGAGCAAUGUAAGGCCACUCUGGGUGACUGGAAGGGAUUUACCUUGGUAAAAUAGGGUCAUUGAGUAUGAAUUAAGAGAUUAAGAGAUCUGAGAACGGGGCGGGGCUGGGAGAAUAUCUUUUGACGGAUGAUGUUCUCGAUAAGACUUAAAAGAGUUGUUGAGGCUGUCUAGAAACACUGAACAAUAUCAAAUGCCCCUGAGAGCAAA